AAAAUGGCAAAACUUUUUAUUUCAUCACGUGAAAAAAAUUUUUUUUUGUUUUGUUUCAUUGAUACACAUACACCGACAAAAAUAGCCAUCAAUCUACUGAAAAUAGUCAUUUUUUAGCCACUUUCUCUCUCUCUCUCUCUCUCUCUCUCGAAAAAUGGAGAAUUUAACAUUAAAGAUUGGUUUUAUCAAUGUAUUACCAUAUACAUGGCUUAAACUUAAUCAUUCAUCAACAUCUGGACAAUAUUCAGUAAUCGGUGGUAUUGAAACACAAUUAUGGCAACUUGCAAGUGAAUAUUAUAAUUUUUCCAUUGAAUGGAUAAUUGAACCAAAUAGUCAUUUUGGUGCACAAUAUGAAAAUGGAUCAUGGUCAGGAUUGAUUGCAGCAAUAAUGAAUAAUGAAAUUGAUUUAGCUGUUGGUGGUUUGAUGCCAACUACUAAACGUUUGGAAGUAGUGGAUUUUCUUUUUCCAUAUGAUCAUGAUCAAUAUACAUUCGCUAAUCAACCAUUACCAGAAACUGGAAGUCAUAUGGAUCUUUUGAUACGACCAUUUCAUUAUAAAGUUUUCAUUUGUAUUUUAUUCACUGUGAUUCUUUUCUGGUUAUUCAAUUGGAUUGAAAAAAAAUUGCAACAACAACAAUAUUCAGAAACAAACAAUCAUCAUAAUCUUUUAUGGAUCAAUUUUUGUCUGCUUGUACGUCAACCAUAUCAUUGGAUGUCAUCAACUGGUUCGGCCAUUCGUAUUGCAUUGAUUAUAUGGGCAUUUUCAAGCAUUAUAUUGGUCAAUUUUUAUCUUUAUACACUUUGUUCUAUGUUAGCAUUACCUUUAAUCGAUAAAAUCGAUACAAUCAAUAAAUUUAUUGAUGCUUGUAACACUGGUUAUUUAAUACCAAUGGCCAUCAGUAAUACAAGUGUUGAGGAAUUUUUUCUGAAUUCACAAGUGGAUACAGUACGUAAUCUUUGGUCAUCACAUCUUAUGCUCCUACCAAAUUAUUCUUUACCAUUCACAUUAUUACUUUCAUCAUCUAAUCGUCCAUAUUAUGCAUUGAUUGCAGCACGUAAAAAUCUAUUAUUUCUUCAAAGUGUAAAAGGUAAAGAUAAAAUUUAUCUGCCACCAUAUACGGAAAAAUCUUCAUUAUUUCCAUCACUUUUGGCUACACCGGUUCAAAAAGGUUUCCAUUACAAGCGGCCAUUCGAACGAUUCGUAUCUCGGUUAAUUACAACAGGAAUAAUGACACAUUGGGAAAUGCUUGAUUCAAUUAAAUUAAGAUUUUAUCUGAAACGUGGUAAAGGUGGUAAAUUUCAAACUUUUUUCGAUAACACAUCAAUGUCACAGCAAGAUGAUGAAGAAAAUGUUGAUGAUAAUAAUGAACAUCGAAUUGAUGAUAUUAAUUUUAUCGAUUUCACUAUUCAACAUUUACAAAGUAUUUUCUAUUUAUAUCUGAGCAUGAUCAUCAUUUCUUCAUUGACGUUUAUAUCAGAAAUAUUCAAUCAUUUUCUUAUGUUUGGAAAUUUUAUCUACGAUAUAUCAUGAAAAUAGAUAAUCCAAAUGCUUUGAAUACAGUGUUUUUUUUGUUUCACCAUCCAAUGAGAAUUUGAUUGAUUCUUAUUUGCAAAACUUUGAACCAGGUAAGAUUUUUUUUUUCGCACUUGAAAAGUAAUCCAUUCCAUUUCGAAAUUGUAGCUAUUUUCAAAUCUUACAUCUACACACACACACACACAAAUUCAGAUGAGAAUUUUCUCAUCAUCAUCAUUUAAUAUUUUGCAACUCGUUCAUCUCGUUCAAUCGAUCAAUCAACUCGAAAACAUUGUUUCGAACAUUCGAAAUGAGCAUUUACUUUUUUUUUGCUGGCAUUUUCUUUUCAUCAUAGUUUUAUUUAUUCAUCAUGGGAUAGUGAAAUUAAACACCAAUGAAAUGAAAUGAAAUUCAAUCUUCAUAACGAAACUUUUUCAAUUGGAUUUUUGAAUCAUAUCCUGUAUAUGUCUAUUGAUUUCAUUAAUCAAAAAAUCAUCGCCAUAUAUGCAUGCAUGGAUUCGAUGGAAUGAAUCAUCA